AUGGAAAGUGGAGUUUUUCUACCCCAUAUAGAUCAAUUUAUGCUGAGCCCACUCGUCACCUGGGUAAAGACGUUCGUACCAAAUGAUGGAGACAUGCCGUUGGACUUUUCGGAAUUACUGGAUGGAGUCUUUUUAAAUGAGAUUAUGACCCAGAUAAACCCCUCAGUGACACUUCAGGGAGUUAACAAGGUGAACAGUGACUCAAAUCAGAGGACCCAGAACCUGAGCAUCCUCGUCUGUCAAAUCAAGACCUAUUAUCUAGAAAACCUGAGACAGUUGAUCAUGAUUCCUUUGCCCAACGUAUCAAUGCUUGGCAAGACUCCUUAUUGUGAGCAAAGUCUGGAAGAAAUGAAGAAGGUGUUGCUGCUACUUCUAGGAUGUGCUGUCCAGUGUGAGAAAAAAGAGGAGUACAUUCAAAGGAUUCAGGCACUCGACUUUGACACAAAAGCAGCCAUAGCAGCACUCAUUCAGGAGGUAACCCAUAAUCAGGACAGCAUACUGGACCUACAGUGGCUGGAUGCCAGUGAGCUACACCCAGAUGAACUGGAGGCCAUGGCCAGAAGCAUGACUGUGCACAUCAGACGCUUGUUGGAUCAGAGAGACACCCAACUCGUGACUAUAGCGGAGCUGAUGCAGGAAAGGGAGGUUGCAGUUAGUCCGCUCAGUAGCCUGCCCAGCCCUGACUCCUCAAGCUACUGUUCCACCGUACAGCAGCAGCCGGGGGCCCAGCAACACCUGGCGGUGGAGCUGGCCGACUCCAAGGCUAAGGUCAGACGACUCCGACAGGAGCUAGAAGAGAAGAGUGAGCAGGUGCUGGACUGCAGACAUGAGCUGGAGAAUGUGGAGGCAGAGCUAAAGAGGAUCCAGCAAGAGAACUCCCAGUUGCUUGUGGACGCCCGUGCAGCCCGCACUUACCGUGAUGAGUUGGAUGCUAUGAGAGAGAGGGCCAUCAGGACAGACAAGCUGGAGAGUGAAGUGGGACGCUACAGAGAAAAACUGCACAACAUGGAGUUCUACAAGGCCAAAGUGGAGGAGUUGAAGGAAGAUAAUCGAGUGCUACAGGAGACAAAAGAAGUGCUGGAAGACCAGGUGGCAGGCUGGAGGGCACGCUCUGAUAAACUCCACCAGCUAGAGAAGCACAACCUAUUGCUUGAGGCCCGGGUCCAUGACAUGGAGCAGGACAAGGAGGGGGAUCGCAGGCGUAUAGAGGAGCUACAGGAGGAGAACCUGGCUCUGUGUCUGGCCCAGAGGAGAAGCAUGGAGGAGUCCCAGCACCUGGGCUGGGAGUUGGAGCAGCUUUCCAAGACCACAGAAAACUCCCAAGGCCUGCAGUCCCUGAGUGAGGAGGUAAGCGAGAGAACUCACAGCCGGCUUCUGAAGUUAGAAAAAGAGAACCAAAGUCUCCAGAGGACCAUCGAGGAGCUUAGAUCUGCCUCUAUUAAUCAUAGCCCACAACAUAACCGUAAUCUUCUUGGCCGGGAGGUCUGUUAUACCAGUAAUUGUACAUUACCAGCAAAACAACAUGGCCAAACCUCUUACUCAGACCUGGAAGACAGUUCAGGUGUGUGGUUGUCCUAUCCAGUAACACAGCAAAAGGUUAAUGGAGACUCAAACUACCAUCAGCAACCAAUUUCAGAGGCGUCGGAGGAAGUUGAGGGCAAGACCCACCUAAAAGAGGUUCUAAAGCCUCAGGAGAAAGCACAGCUAGUAGAGAAAGAGAGUGGGGAGAAUUUGAAAGAGCUAAUCUCUGAAGCACUGGAAAACGGUCAAAAUAGUCCCCGUCAUGUUAUUGGAUCUUGUAAUCAUUCCCCUGGUUCUAAGAGCGGCAGCCCCUAUCGUGACAGCAUCCUCACAGGUCUGCCAACUCGCUCCUGCUAUGGUACCAAGCACACAGAGCGACUUGAAGCCAAGUGCAGGGCCUUAGACACAGAGAAUCAGCGCCUUCAGGCUUCCCUCGAUAACACUAGCCGGAAACUCCAGCGGCUAGAGGCCGAGGUGCAGGAGCUGGAGGCUGAGAAUCAGGGUCUGCAGGCUGUCCUGGAGGAGCUGCGCAUCUCCUCACGACGCCUGGAGCAGCUGGAGAAAGAGAAGCAAAGCCUUGAGCAGGAGAGCUCGACCCUGGAGAGAGACAAGAGACGCCUGGAGAAAGAGAAUCGCCGACUCCGACAACAGGCAGAGAUCCAAGAGGCAACUUUGGACAACAGCAGCUUGCGCGUGACAAGCCUGGAGAGGGAGACACGUGCACUAGGAAAGGAAGUGGAGGGUCUGAGGGAGACAGCUGAAAGGGUUAAAGGCCUGGAAAAGGACAACAGAGAGCUGGUCAAGCAAGCUAAUAUCGAUCAGAGGACUAUUGCUACCCUCAGAGAGGAGCUGGUGAAUGAGAAGCUGAGGGCCCAACAGAGAGACAAUGAGCUUGAGAGGCUUGCUUAUGAGCUGGAGAUGAGGGCCCUAAACCAGGACAACACACAGCAGGCUGAUCAGGAGGCAGACAACAGCAGGUUCAAGAUGCUGGAGUCGGAGCUGGAGAUGUCUUUAAAGAGGUCUCUCCAGAUCAAAGAGGACAAGAUGGCAGCCCUGGAGGCUCGACUGCUUGAAUCCUCCAAUCUCAACCAGCAGCUCCGCCAUGAGCUCCAGACAGUAAAGCUGAACUAUGAAGCCCUGCAACAAAGGAAAGAGGAGGAGAAAACAGUAUCAGGCUCAGCUCCUUCUCAGGAGACUGACAAUGUGAGGAGUUGGCAGUACGAGAGCCGAGAGGCCACCAAGGAACUUUUAAAGAUCAAGGACCGCCUCAUCGAGGUGGAGAGGAAUAAUGCAACAUUGGAGGCUGAACGUCAGGCUGUGCAAGCUCAGUUGAGACAGCUAGAGAGCCAGUCUGACAGCCAGCAGGCUCAGAUUCUAGCCCUGCAGAGGCAAACUGCCUCACUGCAAGAGAACAACACUGCCCUGCAAAAGCAUAAUGCUAACCUGCAGGUGGAGAAUUCCACACUGAAAUCGCAGAGUGCAUCCCUCCUGGCCCAAAAUGCCCAGCUGCAGCACCAGCAGUCUGGGACAGAAAAUGAACGGGACAGCGCCGUGCGGGAGCGUGAUGAGCUGCGCGGCGUCCAAGAGCAACUGUUGCGUGACCAUGAGCGGCUGACCGCACUGGACGAGCGCCAGGCAAUGGAAUACGAGUCCCUGAUGGGCAAGCAUGGCUGCUUAAAGAAUGUCCACCGCACCCUGGAGCUUGAGCACCGAACCCUGCAGGACAGGUACAAUAGUGUGUUGCGGCACCAAACCAAGCUGGAAGACCUGGAGAAAGCCCUGAAAGAAGAGCAGGAGAAGAUGGCUUUGGAGAAGGAGGACCACAGGACCACCGCUGCUGAAUGCCGCCGGCUCCGUGACGAGAAAGACUGGUUGAACCAGACACACCGCCAGCUCCUGAAGGACAAUGAGGAGCUGUCUGCGGAUCACAAGCAGCUGAAGAGCCAGCUGAAUGCAGCCAGGCUGGAGCACACUCGGUUGGAGGCCGAUUUCUCCAAGCUCAAGGAGCAGUACCAGCAGCUGGACAUCACCUCCACCAAGCUCACCAACCAGUGUGAGCUGCUGAGCCAACUGAAAGGCAACUUGGAGGAGGAGAACCGCCAUCUGCUCAGUCAGAUCCAGACUCUGAUGCUGCAAAACCGCACCUUGUUGGAACAGACGAUGGAGAGCAAGGAUCUGUUCCACGUUGAGCAGAGGCAGUACAUUGACAAACUGAAUGAGCUGAGGAGACAGAAGGAAAAGCUGGAGGAGAAGAUCAUGGACCAGUACAAGUUUUAUGACCCCUCGCCUCCUCGCAGGCGUGCGAACUGGAUUGCGCUGAAAAUGAAAAAGCUGAUUAAAUCCCGGAGCCGUGAACGUGUGAUCGAACGGACUCCGCGCUCUCUGACUCCCACGCACCGAGACUCCUGCGAGGUCCUUGAGGAACCACAUCUCCCCUGUCAUGACAAUGGCUCCUUCAUCGGCUCAGAUGGCUCCGGGGGCUCGGCCUCCACCACGGCACCCGAUGCUAUCUCCCCUCAGCGAAGCAGCACUGCAGUGAAAAUCUUUCCCCGUAUGAGGAACAGACUGAAGGACAAAGACAGAGUCAAAUCGCUCUUCCGCCGUUCCAUGUCGCUGACUGACAUGACAUACCCCUCAGCCCCACCCGAAGAGGACCAAUGGGUAGGAAGCUCGGACCACCUGGAAGGGUUAGAGGUGGACACAUUGGCUUUACCUGUUACCUCCCCUAUUUUGUCCAUUCUCUGCCACACCUCUCCGUCAUCCAGCCAUGACCGUGCCACCUCAUCCACUGAGAUCACAGACACAGUCCCAGAAGCCUCUGAGCAAUGGGUGACAGACAAGGAUUCCAAUGACAGCGCCGUGCCAUCUGGUUUUGAAGACAAUGAUGAGCCCCAAAAUCACGGGUCGAAUGGAAUUCAGAGUCGCGCCCACAGCGAAAGCAGCGGUGAGUUUAGCUUGAGCCUGGAGAAUGAACCCUGGUCCAACGGCAGUAGCCCUGUCCAACAGCCCCCAUCGCGGUGUUCCUCUUCCUCUUACCAGCCUCCCUGUGAUACCUCAACCCCACUACACACACAUCAGCAGCCCUCCACCACUCCAAACAAGGAGAAAGCCUCCACCAAGGGCUCCAUCAUCCCCAUCACAAAUGCUCUGAAUUUAGAGGCGCCAUCAACACCCAAACAGAAAGCUACAGCAGCUGCCCGGGACCUCUGGCCCACUAGGGGCACAAAGAGCAUUAGGAGGGGGUCCAACGGCAAAGCCUCUUGCUACUCGUCAGAAGCAGGCAGGACACUUAAACUGGCCCAGGGAAGCGAUGGAGUGAAUUCAACAUCAGGCUCGAGCAAAGCUGAAACCCACCAUUCAUCAGCUUGUUCCCCGUUCACAGUGCUCUAUGUCCAGGGUAAGUCGUCCUCUGCAUCUGGCUGCCUCAAUUGUUUCUCCACACCUGUUGGGAAAGAGGGACGCCUGAGGGGGUUCAGGUCACCAACAACUCUUCCUAGAGCCAGCAGUGUCAUUUCCACAGCGGAGGGCUCCUCCCGACGCUCAAGUGUCAACAAUGGCUGCAGGGUGGCAACUAAGAAUGAGCCACUACUGGCUCAGGUUUCAAAAGAGAUCAAUGAUCGUGAGCCACAGAAAUCAGCCAGUCAGAAUCAGCAACCCAAUCCAGACACCAAAGAAUCUGAGCCUGAUCCCAUUCCACCAACCAAGCCACCCAGAGACCCAGCGGUGGCUAGUGCUACAGACCGCCCUAAAUCCCCUAUCCAGGAAAUGGUUUUCAACUCCCCUCUCACUUUCAACUCAGUCUUCUCUAGCACUACCGUUGGUCAUUCUACGCUCUCCGUAACAACCAGUCAUGAUGAAAGCGAGAAGAAUAUUCCUUUGUCUGAAUCCAGGUCUGUGCUGAUACGCAAACGCCGCUCACCGAGACUCGGCAGACCUCGUCGGUCGUCACGUGGUUUCCGAGUCACUAGUUAUCGCAUCCCACCUCCGCAGCCACAGCAGCAUUAG